GUGGAGUGGAUACUUUCAUUAACCGAUUCCUUUGAUUUCAAAGAAACAUCCGCUGGACGGAAAGGCUUAAGAAAAGAGCAACCAAGCCAACUGUUUGUGUCUACAAUAAGCUGGGAAAACCUCGCUAAACUCGUAUUGAGUAAAAUCCCGGCUAGGGUGGGAAAAACCUCAUAUAGUGAAAGUUGGCAGGUUUGGUCCGUCAUAAUUACAUCACCUUAGGUACUCGGCGAAAACUUUCUCUGAGGGCAGAACGUGCAGAUAUUGAUAUUGUUUACUGCACAGGUUAACAAAGCUCAGUUUCCCUUUUUACUACCACUGAGAAAAUAGAAAUGAUAAAUUGGACCUUGCUAUAAUGUGAAAAAUAAGAGCUCUUGUGUUUUUCAUUCUUAAUCCUCUAUUUUAAUGCAGUUUGAAUCCGUUUGGUGCAUGUCAGAUUAAGGGAAGUGAGAGCUAAAUCCCCUAAGAGAAGUAAAAAUCUACAAAACUCUUAUCAAAUAGGUCUUUCUAAUUGAGCAAAUGAUUGUCCAACAAGCAUGAGUUGGGUGUAUUGACGUGUCCCUAUACACAGUGUCCAACUAGUUCCCACAAGUAAGGUGUUUUGCCAUGUGUACCCAUAAGUACUGUCUCAAGAUGCAAUCCCCACAAGUCGGGUGUGUAGCUCUGUGUGCCCAUAAGUACUGUCCAGACCACAGUCCCCGCAAGUAGGCAAAGUUCGCAAUGUAAAGUGUCCCCACAAAAAAUAUUGGCCUUUUUCUAAUUUCGACCAGAUGUUUUAAGAGGCCAAGAAGUCAGCUAAUAAAUGCCCCAGUAUCAUUUGGAUAACUGCUGUGGAAAAGGGUGUCCUCGCAACUAGGGUCUGGAAAUAUGGUCCUCACAAGAAUGCAGGGGUGCGUAUGUGUGGAUUCACCAGUGUUCGCUGUGGACCCCUCGUAACGAACAGUCGCUGUUAGUGUGAGGCGCAUUCCGAGCUCACUUGACCGAUGAAGUGAAAGCAGAACUCAACCGGUGGAUGUAGCAGUUAUCCCUGGAGGCCUGACCCCUGUUUUGCAGCCAUUAGACAAGUGCUUGACGAGGUUGAACAAGACGAAGUACCACGAGAAAUGGAACGUUCAUUGCCCGCACCCACCACAGUCAAUAUUGAUGCCACUGAUCUGUACAGUGAGUGGAAACACUGGAGUAGUGCGUUUGAGAUCUACUCGAUAGCAUCUGACCUACAGAAAAAGGACGAUGCAGUUCAGCAAGCCACAUGCUGCAUUGCCUUGGCCCCGCAGUUCAAUGCAUUUUCAACACGCUCCCUGGCCAACACAAGAGCCUUGAAGAAGCCAAGACUGCCUUGA